CGGCCAGCUCGGCCCGGAAGCGCAGUGUCCGGGCUGUUGGCUUGGCGGCGCAUCGUCUUUUCCCCGUUGCUACCGGGGCGUGGUCGCUGCGGACCGGGCUCUCGCGCGCCGGCGAUGGAGGGGCAGCGGGUGGAGGUGGACGGCGGGAUCAUGGAAGGGGGCGGCCAGAUCCUCAGGGUCUCCACCGCCCUGAGCUGCCUCCUGGGCCUCCCCUUGCGCGUGCAGAAGAUCCGCGCGGGCCGCAGCACGCCGGGCCUCAGGCCUCAGCAUUUGUCUGGACUGGAAAUGGUUCGAGAUUUGUGUGAUGGGCACCUGGAGGGGGCAGAAAUCGGCUCAACAGAGAUCACCUUCACACCAGAGAAGAUCAGAGGUGGAAUCCACACAGCUGAUACGAAGACAGCAGGGAGUGUGUGCCUCUUGAUGCAGGUUUCAAUGCCUUGUGUUCUCUUCGCUGCUUCUCCAUCGGAACUUCGUUUGAAAGGUGGAACGAACGCUGAGAUGGCGCCGCAGAUUGAUUACACCUUGAUGGUUUUCAAGCCAAUUGUUGAGAAAUUCGGUUUCAAAUUUAAUUGUGACAUUAAAAUGAGGGGCUAUUACCCAAAGGGGGGCGGUGAAGUGAUUGUCCGAAUGUCGCCAGUUAAACAGUUGGACCCAAUAAAUCUGACUGAUCGUGGCUCUGUGACCAAGAUUUAUGGGAGAGCUUUUGUUGCUGGAGUUCUGCCACUAAAAGUAGCAAAAGAUAUGGCGGCGGCAGCUGUGCGAUGCAUCAGAAAGGAGAUGAGGGAUCUGUAUGUCAGCAUCCAGCCUCUGCAGGAGUCCAGGGACCAAGCCUUCGGCAACGGCAGUGGGAUCAUCAUUGUUGCUGAGACAUCUACUGGCUGCUUGUUUGCUGGAUCAUCACUUGGCAAAAGAGGUGUGAAUGCAGACAAGGUUGGAAUUGAAGCUGCUGAAAUGCUGUUAGCAAAUCUUAGACAUGGUGGCACUGUGGACGAGUAUCUACAAGACCAGCUGAUUAUUUUCAUGGCGCUAGCCAAUGGAAUUUCCAGAAUAAAAACAGGACCAGUCACACUGCACACACAAACUGCUAUUCAUUUUGCUGAACAACUAGCCAAGGCCAAAUUCACUGUGAAGAAGUCAGAAGAGGAAGAAGAUGCCUCUAAAGACACUUACAUCAUCGAGUGUGAAGGAAUCGGGAUGGCAAAUCCACAUCUCUAGGGCUUUACCUGAGCAAUACCUCCAUGUUGUGCUAACUGAUUUUCUAUAUGCUGCAACAUAGUGACUAAGAAGUAAGAUUGACUGAAUUUGGAGGAGACGAAGCCUAGUACUUUGAGAUGCUGAGAAUGCUUCAUCAUGUUAAGUUCACCUUGACUGUCUCCUGAGAUAUAGACAGUGAAAGACAAAACUUGAUGAGUAUGAGAGUAAAUUUCAAUAUUAAAGUAUUGAAAUCAGAUGUGGUUUAUACCCCAAAUAUGUGCUGCUUCUCUUUUUUUUUAAUGUAAUAAACUAAGCCAGGGACAUAGAGUUGAUCUGUAAUUCGUGUUACUAGUGACCUCAUCUAUAGUUUUACUUUCUGUAGUUUGAGCUACCUAGGGUAAACUUUGGUCCUGAAAUAUUAACUAGAAAAUUCGACAGAAAUAACUCAUCAGUUUUGAAUGCAGCUUCUUUCUGAGUAGCAUGAUGAAAUCGCAUACCUUCUGUUCUGUCCCACCUGUGAGAUGAAUCGUUUGUCCAGUAUGUCAAUAUUAUUUUUGCCACUGACUUGCCCAUGACACACUUAGUAGCUGUUUGCUAUCAGAUCAGUAGUUGUAGUACUACAGUGUUUGUGUUCAAAUGACAUUAGAAUAUUAAAGGCUCCAGUGUGCAGGAGCAGGGGGACUUGACGGUUCAGGUGUGCCCAAAAGAAAUGCUUCUGUUAAGUAGCACAUCACAUCAUCUUAACCCUAGCAAGUUCGGCCACAUUCAUCCCAAACAUGUCUGUCUGGCUUGGAGUAUUCUAGAAUAGUUGAAUGCCUUUAGGACAGAAAUGUGCCGCAUCGCUCUUUGCUGCUUCACAGCUAGCCAACAUCUAGGUUCACAUCACUCCCUGCUCCCUGUUAGCAGCUGAGGUGGUGGCUCAAGUGAGCCUGGUCUGAUGUUUCAGCUCAGUAUGUUGUCUCUGUCAGUGCUGCGUGUAGUUCAUAAAAACGUGCAUGGAUCUGCCUUGGAUCUUACCUAGUGAUAUGUUAAACAUUGUCCAAGUCAAUCCAGAGAGGGUGCUGAAAUACCUUCAGGAAAUUUGAAUUUGUAUGUAUGGACCAGUCUGCUCAGAGCCAAACAUGGUCAUCCUUGCCAGUGGUUUCCAUAGCCUGGGAUAGUAGGUGCAGUUUGCUUCAUAGAUGAAGGAUAAUUAAUUAUAUAUUCACAAAGUAAGUGAGCCUUGUAAGUUGCUCACUCUGUAAUAAUUGAGAUAGGAGAUAGAAUUUUAUCUUUGAAGUAGAGCUUUUAGAAUUAUGGUAAGUCGAGGUCUCCCUCAGGCUGGUGUGACCCUUUCUGCUGGUAGGAUGUUGUCAGCGGUGUUGAGGGAAGCUGGAGUGCAACCUGGACGUCUUGAGUGUGAGACUCACAGCUCAGCAGCAUGAAUAGUGAGAGUGUGGUUGACGUUGGUAGGAAUGCCCAUUGUUAAAUCCAGUUCUCUACAAAGGUAGAGAAGGGAGUAACAAAGGUUACUCCCUCGGGAAACUAAAUUACUUCUGUUGUAAUUCUAACUUGAUUUCUGUGUGUAAAUAAGAGACCAACAAAUAGAAAGAGUUCUGGGGAUUUGCCACUCAGUACAGCUCUUUAACAUUAUUAGACAGGGUCCUCAUACUGGCUGUGUACUCCCUGUUUAGCUGAGGCUGGUCUUGAACUCUGAUCCUUCUGCCUCCAUCUCCCAUGUGCUGAUAUUACAGCACUAAAUACACUAACAGCCUGGCUCUUUAAGAAUAUUUUAGGGACUGAUGUAACUCAGUCAUAGAGUGCUUGCAAUGUGUUCAUGAGGCCCUGUGCGUUCUCAUGCCCACAAGCACUAAAACUAAUAUUCCUCAAACUUGUUUUUGACCAAGCUUUUGGUUUCUGUUUGCCUACAUCGGGAGUUAAUUUAGAGAACUGGUUUCCAACUUUCCCUGCUUACAGAUUUCUUCCUCAAAUUGAGGAGCCUGAAAGCAGAGCAGGUUAGUGGGUUCUUCUUUUUAGAUUCUCUUUCACAGCCUGCCCUUCUUCCUCUUGACAAAAGUCUUUUUUUUUUUUUUUUUGUCCCCAGUCUAAUAUUGCUGUUAUUUUUAUCUUACACUCUUCUAGACUGUAAGAAAAUCUCCAGGGCACUAGAAAUAAAAACUUGAUUUAUUAUUCUCUGAAAGCCUACUCAAAGAUACACAUUUGUAUCUCUGUAUAUUAUGUAAAAUGAGCUUCGGUGUUUACAUAAAUCAUUGCAACAGUGCAUCUUUAAAUAAAGCUAAUGUUUAUGAUUGCCCAAUA